UUUUCUAUAUCCUGUGUUUCAAUUCAGUAAGGGAAAAUCAAAGCUCAGCCGUACCCAGGUUUCGUUCGUUUGAGUCAAUUUUUUGUCUUAAUCCGCCGUAGUAUGAUGUCGAAUUUCCUGUUUUCCCCUCUUUUGUCAGCUAUCCUUUGUGAUGAAGGAGUCAUUCGUGACAUUGAUGAGUCAAGUAUGCUCCUAUUCGUAAUGAUAUCAGUAUUUGGUCCUUUUAGCAUUUGUACCCAAUCAGAUCUUGGAUGUCUUUGUAGUAUGUAGGCUUGAAAUUUACUUCUUCAAAUAUAAGGUACGUUUCAGUAAUAGGUAAUUAAUCUCUCAGCAAUGAUGAAAUAAUGGUACCCAGUUUUCACUGUUUCUUUAUUUUAAUCAUUGUUUUUCAUCUAUUAAGUGGGCCAAUUAACACUGGGAGUAGGUUUAUCAUUUUCAGUCAGGUAGUACACGAAAAGAUUUGUACCUAUUGUGCUGUGAUGUUAUUUUACACUGAGUGAUUGUUAGAAUAUAAUUAAAUUGCUGAUUUUGGGUUUUGUUUUGACUAUACACUGAAGGUACUGUAUCCCUUUAUUUAUCAAAUUUCUUUUCAUUUUCUGAAGGGUAAAUAUGAUGUAUGAAGUGAGUGUUCUAAUGUGUUUGGUAUUUCCCUGAAUUUAGCAUUAGUCAUACAUCAAAGCCUAAAAUUUCGUGGCCAAUCUUGCUAAGUUAUCUUACUGCAUUUCUGAUGGUCAUCCAAAGCUAUAGUCUACUUAUUGUGUAAUAUAGGCUAGACAGUUCUCAGUAGUAGUGCUUAACUUAAUACUUUAAUUUUUAAGUGGUUGUAUAUUAUGAUAGAUGAUAGAUGUGAGUUGUUAGGUAUGUGAAUAUAAAAAUAAUAUGGCAAUCUCUAUAUAUAUGAGUGUUUGGUUUUCUCUAUGAAAUUUCACUAGCCUCAUAUGUAGUUAAUCUUUGUUUCUUUCUAUUCACAUAAGUUAGGAUGUCAUCUGUUUCUCCCACAUCUGUUCUUCCCACAUAUGAUAGAGUUCAGUCAAUCUCUAAGACAAGGAGAAAGUGGAAGAUUGUAGUUAGGAUUAUUGAUCUCUGGAAAGUUCCAGAGCACUUGCUUGCUCUAUCUGAUUUUUCUCUGGAGAUGGUUCUAAUGGACAGAGAUGGUGAAAAGUUUGAAGGUGGUGUGUUAAAAGUGGAACCUAUUGUAGAAAGUAUUGUAGAGGGUGGAGUUUAUCAGUUAUCGAACUUCCUUAUUAUUCACAAUACUGGUGCACAACGUUUUACAAGUCAUGGAUACAGGAUGAUUUUGGAUAGUAGAAGCUCAAUCGUUCCAGCUGAAGAUGAUCGAAUUCCUGCGCAUGGGUGGUCUUUCUUUCACAUUGAGAAUGUGAUGAUAGUUGGAGAUAAAUUUGGUUAUUUAGUGGGUAAGACUUUUAUAUUAUGUUAUAAAAUUGAAGGGUUCUUUUGUAGUAUACUAAUUGUUUUCUAUUUUGAUAGAAAUUAUAAGUAUGAUUAUUUGCAGUUACUUUGA